CAAUUUGCUGCAGUCGCUCUCUAGCAGGUGCCUCGCGCGCGCGUGCCGCCAUCUUGGAACAGCUGAUUUCGCGCCAUUUGACAUUUGAAUUUCGAACUUUGUGUGUUGUGAUGAAAAUGACGGUAAAUCGAAUAAGAGUAGUCGUACUCGGCAGCGCCCGGUCCGGCAAAUCAGCCGUGGUGGUGCGUUACUUAACGAAGAGGUACAUAGGUGAAUACAGUUCUACUGGAGAUUUUCUUUACCAGCAUCGAGCAACUUUUGACGGAGCAUCGUCUGAGGUGGAAGUUUUAGACACGUGUGGAUGUGCGAAACGUGGUUGUCUAGCCGAGCACCUUCGUUGGGGAGACGCGUUCGCGGUGGUGUACUCUGUGUGUGAUCGCCGCUCCUUCAUGGCUGCUGCGGAGUUACUGGCUCUGCUGGAGAGGACCAGGCUACCGGGCUGCUCUGCUGUUACGUUGCUUGGAAACAAACGGGACCUGGAGCAUGCGAGAGUCGUGAAAACCGAGGAAGGUCAGGAGCUGUCUCUCCGCUUCGGGUGCCAGUUCUACGAGGUGUCGGCGGCGGAGUCGUGCGCCGGCGCCGCGCUCGCCUUCCACGCGCUGCUGCGGGAGGCGCGCUCCACCGCCAUGUUGCUGCCGACACCGAGACGCAAGUUGGCAGCGUAUUCCGUAUCUAAGGUAAUCGGUACGAUUCUCGGUCUGAGCAACAAAACUGUCCGGAAGAAACGGCCAUCGCUGAGCAUAUGAUCUGCUUCGGAUACCUUCUGGCUUUUACUCUUUGGAGUUUGUUACCGCGAACGCGGGUUGGAGGCUUGUAGGCCUGUGUUGGAGGCUUGUGGGCCUGUAUUGGAGGCCUGUAGGCCUGAGAUGGAGGAUUUGGAAAGUAUUCUUGUUACGGAUCCCAGAGAUCCUUUGUCGAUAAAGCGCGGCUCUUAUUUAUAGAUAAUUUACAGUAUUUUUGAUCCAGAAAAUGUGCCUUGUAUAUUUGUGAUCUUGAAAGUGAGCUUAUUGUACUUACUACUUUUAAAUAAAUGCCUUAAUAUGUAUUAAUAAUUUUAAAAUAUUAAUAAGAUGAUUUGGGAGCAAGAACCUCAUUGGAUGAUUGUAGAUUUUUAAACAGAAAUCUUGAUGGUAGUAUAAGUAAAAGCGACAGAAUAUAACUUUGUAAGCUUUACAAACGUUACAAAAGGGUGAGUUUAAUACUUGGAAAACGAAACGUUACUAUGAACAAAAUAAAAGAUGAAAAAAAAAAGAAAUAUGUAAAAUGAAAAUAUUAAAAAACCGUUGCUGCUUGUUAAUGACUAGACGUUUGACAUAAAUAUAAUAAUA